UGUAAAAGCAUUCUCGCGUCUUCGACAACAUCUCCUUCAACAUCCAAUGUUCCAACGUUACAACCACCAAAUCAAUUUCCCACAGCCCACUGGCUAGUAGCUAGAGCUCAGCUUCCGCCAUUAUAUUUCUUUUUCCAGUGAAGCCCACCCCAGGUCAGGUGUCUCUGUUUCUAUCAUAGUUCCCACCAUGGCCCAUCCCACCACUGACCCUGCCGCGGAAGGUGCCCCCCGAAGAGUGAAACCAAGCAUUCGCAAGAGCAAAUCGAGUGAUGACGCACAUUUCUCGCAGCUAGAAAAGCGCAGUCAGGACCGUCGGGGUCGCCGUCGACCCACCAAGGAUGACAAGACAGAGCAGCAGCGCCACAAUUCCGUCACUCUACAGCCCAAGCGAAGCAACGACAAUACGCCCAAAGCAAGAUCUCCACUGAGACGGGCGAACUCCUUUACUUCCACGUCGUCCGGCACCAAUCUGGAAAUAGUAUCCUCCAAGGCACCAGAGGUGAAGUCGUCGUCUUCUAGUAUGCGAAAAGAACGAAAGCUGUCGUUACAAAGCGCCCUCGCCAAGUUGGCCGUGGACACCUUGCCCAGCCACACAGCCACGGAUGAUCCAGUAGAAGAUGUCGACAACAACGACAACAAUAAGGAGACCAACAACAGCAACCACAAACGCAGAUCCGACAACAUGAAACUCAAACGGAGAUCCAACAGCAAAGGGCGAAUGGAAGCCCGCCAGCAUGCGUCUCUCUCCGUCAUCAAGCUGUCGUCAUCGUCUGGGUUAGAGGCCGCUGCGAAAACCAAAAAACACGAUUCUUGUUCCAAUAUCACCACCAAAAUAAUACGGCCCGCUCAAGCUGUAGAAAAACGAAACCGAAGGAAACCUCCAUCGCGGCACAAGUCGUUCGAUGUGAGGUCCAUUUCCGAAGACGCCAAGCUUUCGCUCGAAAGUGGGGACAAAGAAGGCAAGGAAGAGGAUGACACUACAACAACAAAAGACAAAGACUCUUCGACUACUGAAAAACGACCGAGAAAUAAGAAGCUUCCACCGAGAACGGCAAAGUCAUUUCAUGGCAGCCGACCCAUUCCGCAGGAUGGCAGCGGCCACCGUCGAAGCAGUGAUAUAACUUUAUCCGCCAGCAACACCAACACGACAGCACCCAAAAAGAAGCCAAAAAAGAAACCCGCCAAGACGGUUUCCUUUGUCGAAAGCAAAAACCAAGUCGAACCACUGGAACCCACCAAUGCCCAGGAACUGUCUGCUAGAUGGUACCUGAAAAGCGACCUCAAUACCCUCUUGCAGCACGAAAUACGCAUCUGUAAACGCAGCAAUAAACUCUCUUGUGCCCGCGGCCUGGAACGAACACUGGCGGACGAUAGUACCAAGGAGCACGCCCAGACGUAUGUUAAAACCAUGCUGGAAGCGCAGGUCAAACUCAAAAAAGCAUUAGUGGAAGGCACCGCGGAAGCCAAGGCAGCCAGUCAAGCCGAAGCCAUGCGGCUCUUUUCCAAGGAACAAUCCAAAGAUGAUCGACAGAUUGCCUACAAACGGGGUCUGCAGGAUGCAUCUGAUGUCACCAUGAUGAAACAGCAACAACAACAACAGCAACCACAAGUACCAGUCGAAAAGUAGCAAACAGAAGAAAGGAAGGAAGAACCCGACGAGUAGAAUCGAAAUCGAAUGAAUCGAAUCGAAUCGAAUCGAGAAAGAGUCGAAUGAUCCCAACACCACAACAAGAAACGAGACCCGCUACAAAACAUGACACCAGCAUGCGUUGCAGCCGGCCCAAACCAGAUAAUUUUGUUCAGCUAACUACAGUACAUACAAGCACCUAUUCUAAAGAGAACACAGUGGCAAAACGCUGAG